GCCCGGCUUUGCCAUACGAGGACCCUCCAGAGUGCAGUGCGAGGCCCAGCACACGUGGAAGCCAGAGCUACCCACAUGCUCCCGGAUGUGCCCGCAGCCCCCCGACAUCCCGCACGGGGAGCACACGGCAGGAGGCCAGGACCAGUUCUCCCCAGGCCAGGAGGUGACCUACCGCUGCCAGCCGGGCUAUGACCUCUCUGGGGCGGCCUUCCUGCACUGCACAGCCGGGGGUACCUGGAGCCCCGCUGCACCCCGCUGCACAGGGAGGCCAUGCCCUGACUUCCCAGGCCCACUCCCCAAUGGCCGCCUGCUCAGGCAUCGAGGCCUCCAGCUCGGGGCCCAGGUGACCUUCUCCUGUGACGAGGGGUUCCACCUGCGGGGAAGUGCAGCCAGUCACUGUGUCCUGGUGGGAGGGAGAAGCUUCUGGAACAGCAGCCUCCCCGUGUGUGAGCGAAUCCUGUGUCCCCGUCCUCCCGACGUCCCUCACGGGAGCCACUCGGGGAAGGCCCUGCUCGACUUUGCCUAUGGAACAGAAGUGGCCUACACGUGCGGCUCGCACCCGGACACGGGGGCGUCCUACCUCCUCGUGGGGGAGCCCACCCUGCGCUGCCUGGGCGACAGCCAAGGUCGUGGGGUCUGGAGUGGCCCUGGCCCCCGCUGUGACCCCCCACCUCCUGCUGUGUGCCCGCAGCCCCCCGACAUCCCGCACGGGGAGCACACGGCAGGAGGCCAGGACCAGUUCUCCCCAGGCCAGGAGGUGACCUACCGCUGCCAGCCGGGCUAUGACCUCUCUGGGGCGGCCUUCCUGCACUGCACAGCCGGGGGUACCUGGAGCCCCGCUGCACCCCGCUGCACAGGGAGGCCAUGCCCUGACUUCCCAGGCCCACUCCCCAAUGGCCGCCUGCUCAGGCAUCGAGGCCUCCAGCUCGGGGCCCAGGUGACCUUCUCCUGUGACGAGGGGUUCCACCUGCGGGGAAGUGCGGCCAGUCACUGUGUCCUGGUGGGAGGGAGAAGCUUCUGGAACAGCAGCCUCCCCGUGUGUGAGCGAAUCUUGUGUCCCCGUCCUCCCGACGUCCCUCACGGGAGCCACUCGGGGGAGGCCCUGCUGGACUUUGCCUAUGGAACAGAAGUGGCCUACACGUGCGGCUCGCACCCGGACACGGGGGCGCCCUACCUCCUCGUGGGGGAGCCCACCCUGCGCUGCCUGGGCGACAGCCAAGGUCGUGGGGUCUGGAGUGGCCCUGGCCCCCGCUGUGACCCCCCACCUCCUGCUGACUUGCCCUUAGUGUGCCCACCCCCUCCUGAGAUGUUGAACGGCCACCGGAUCGGGCAACAGGAGGGCCCCUUCCUGCCUGGGAUGACGGUGCAGUACUCCUGCAGCCCCGGCUUCCGGCUGGCGGGCCACAACACCAUCUUCUGCACGCACCGGGGGACCUGGAGCCAGCCCAGCCUCUCCUGCCAAGAGGUGAACUGCAGCCUGCCACAGUUUUUGAAUGGACUCCAGAAAGACUUUGAGGCUGGGAAAGUCUACCACUAUGGUGACAACGUGACUCUGCACUGUGAAGAAGGGUUCUCCCGGGAGGGCAGCCCCUGGAGCCAGUGUCUGGAGGACUCGUGGACGCCUCCUCUGGCCAGCUGUGUGCCCCGUCCUGGGGACUCUUUCCUGGUGGGCAUGACCGCGGGGGUGGCCCUCUUCCUCCUACCCGUCAUCAUCGCCUGUGGGGUGAUGGCACGGUGCAGGAAAAGCAGCAACGAGUAUGGAAAAUGUAGGGACGUGACCAUUCACCUACACCCCCAAGAAGACAGUGAACGUGUCCAGCCUCAGACUGAGCACACAGCCCAGGAAAACAGAGGUGUGUGUGGGAUGGCGGCAGCCAUGCAGGCUGACUCUCCCCAGCUGAGUCCUGACUGACCCGCUCUCACUGGCCCAGCUGGCUCUCCUGGUGAAGGACCGACCGGCCUCCCUCCCUGCACCUCCUGCCUCCACCUCCUCCUCGUUCUAGAGCAGCCCCCCAGCACCAGCAGCAGCACCAGCAGCACCAGCAGCAGCAGCAGCAGCAGCACCAGCAGUAGCAGCACCAGCAGCAGCACCAGCACCAGCAGCAGCAGCAGCACCAGCAGCAGCAGCAGCACCAGCAGCACCAGCAGCAGCAGCACCAGCAGCAGCAGCAGCAGCACCAGCAGCACCAGCAGCAGCAGCAGCACCAGCACCAGCACCAGCAGCAGCAGCAGCACCAGCAGCAGCACCAGCACCAGCACCAGCACCAGCAGCUGGCUCCCUCUGGCGACCUUGCUCAAGUCCUGCAGCUCUGCUGAUUCCUGACAGGAAUCUUCCUCUGCAGGAAGAUGGGCACGGGGCAGAAAGGGAGUCCCCACCCCUUCGCUGUCUCUAGGAUCUCUGCUGACAGUGUCUAAUUCUCCUUGUUUCCAAAUGUUUUAAGGCAAGUGGGUUAAUGAAGGAAGGUCUGAGUAAGGAGCCACAUAAAAUCAUACUAUGCAGAGACAA